AUGGACCAUCGACCAUCUUCUGUUGAUACAUUCCUGGCACAGCACAAUCAUCAUCAUCAUCAUCAUCAUCAUCAUUAUCCUCAUCGUCUUCACCAGCAUGAUUCGUCAAGAUGGUCAUCCAGAGAAGAUCUGUUGAACGGAUCAGCAAGCAGCGAAAAUGAUUCCUUAUUUGUUGCGCUGUAUGAUUUUCACGGUGUUGGAGAAGAGCAACUUUCACUUAAAAGAGGUGAUCAAAUACGGGUGAUUGGACAUAAUAAAGCUGGUGAAUGGUGUGAAGCGCAGUUGGUAAAUACUCGACGUGAAAAUUCGAGACGUAGUGGUUGUAUUGGUUGGGUACCGUCGUCCUACAUUGCACCGUCUAAUUCAUUGGAAAAGCAUUCGUGGUAUCAUGGGAAGGUAAGCCGAAACGAAAGUGAAUAUCUGUUAAGUUCCGGUAUUAGCGGUAGCUUUUUGGUUCGUGAAUCGGAAACCAGCAUCGGACAGUUUUCAAUUUCAGUACGACAUGAUGGUCGCGUUUAUCAUUAUCGGAUUUCAGUGGAUCGUAACGACUGGUUGUACAUUACUCAAGAAAGUAAAUUCAAAACGCUAGGCGAAUUGGUCCAUCAUCACAGUCUUCAUGCAGACGGUCUUAUCUGUACGUUACUAUAUCCGGCACCCAAGAAGGGACGACCGCCGAUGAUAUUUUCAUUAUCGCCAACUCAACCCGAUGAAUGGGAAGUAGAAAGAUCUGAAAUUAUCAUGAGAAGUAAACUUGGAGGUGGACAGUACGGUGACGUCUAUGAGGGCUAUUGGAAAAAACAUGAAAAAGUAGUUGCUGUGAAAACUUUGAAAGAAGAGGCAAUGGCAUUACAUGAUUUUUUGGCAGAAGCAGCAAUUAUGAAAGAUUUACAUCAUCCAAAUUUGGUACAGUUGAUGGGAGUAUGUACUCGUGAACCGCCAUUUUAUAUUAUUACGGAAUAUAUGAGUAGAGGAAAUUUGCUCGACUAUCUCAGGAAAUGCGACAAGAAAUUAUCACCAACAGUGCUAAUGUAUAUGGCUACACAGAUUGCAUCAGGAAUGGCUUAUCUUGAAUCACGCAAUUUCAUUCAUCGCGAUUUGGCUGCACGAAACUGUUUGGUAGCUGAAGAGAAUGUUGUCAAAGUUGCUGAUUUUGGUCUUGCACGAUUUAUGAGGGAAGAUACAUAUACUGCCCAUGCUGGAGCAAAGUUCCCGAUCAAAUGGACUGCACCAGAAGGUCUUGUCUACAACACAUUCAGUACUAAAAGUGAUGUUUGGGCAUUUGGUGUACUAUUAUGGGAAAUCGCUACCUAUGGGAUGAGUCCAUAUCCAGGUGUUGAGCUGAACAGUGUUUACGGAUUACUGGAAAAAGGUUUUCGAAUGGAUGCUCCAGAAGGUUGUCCUCCGUCAGUUUAUCGGUUGAUGUUACAAUGCUGGAAUUGGUCACCUAGUGAUCGACCACGUUUCAAAGAAAUCCAUGCCAGCUUGGAAUCACUUUUUCCGCAAUCUAAUAUUGAUGAAGAGGUAGACAAACAGUUGGAACGUUUACGUACAUCUUCACGUCAUCAUGGUUCAUCAUCUCAUCGCAUUGCGAUAGGCAAUGGUUCCACCAAUAUUCCGUCAAGCAUCGUAUCUAUUGCAUCACCGCGUAUCUCAGACAUCCAUGGCAGUGGUAGUGCUGGAAGUAGUGUUGGUACGGUUGCUGCGGUCCCAGCAGUUUGCUCUUCUUCAGCCGGUACACCGUUACCACCACCUACUAUCGAAUUUCCACCGCCACCACCGCGGAACCAAGAUAGUUACGUCGGUAGUACGUCGUCAAAUUCUACAGUUAUGCAGUGCAAUAGUGCACGUGAUGCAGUUAGAGUGAAAACAACUCAGCGUAAUUUGCCGUUACCAAUUCCACCAUCGUCUGCAAAGCCAAGAUUGCAAAAAUUAGAUAGUACAUCAACGUCUGACGUGUUGAUUUCGCCACUGGCAGAGAAAAAUUUACGUAAGGCGGUCAGUAAAUUUGGUACUAUGCCGAAAAAUGCUCGAAUUGAUGCAUAUCUGGAAUCGAUGUCGUUGCAGGAAGAUGUUGAUCAGUCACCAACUGAUGAGUAUAGUGGUGGUCUAUCGGAUGAUUCGUUGGAUGCUAUUCCAGUUUCCUUCAAUAGUUGUUGGAAUAAGAAUGCAUCUGAUGCAAUGAGUGAAAGUGUUAAUUUUGGCCAAAAUGAGUUGCUACAACAGUUGAAACAACGUUUGAAAAAAACAAAAUCGGAAUCUCCGGUAACUAUUGCUUCUCGUUUUUCGGAUGUUAACACCAUAACAAAUUUAGCGGAAAGAGUGGAACCGUCGAUAGCAGUGAUCGCGAAAACCGAUUCGAAGUUGAAAAAGCCGGGUGUUGUACCAAAACAAUCGGAGGACCAAUGGUCACAGAGAAAAAAGACAGCAGCUGUACGAUCACUAAAGUGCAAAGAGUUGCCGCGUGAGGUUACUGAUGAAACUGCAACCACAAAUAAUGCUACCUCGAAAGAUGGUCGAGCUCAUGAUGUCGGAGAAAAUGAGUUGCGAGCACGAAUACGUCAACUAAGGCAUGUGGAAAAACGAAACCCUGCUGAAAAACAGCAAAGCCGGAAUGGCGAACAGCGUGAAUCGGUUAAUAUCGAAACGGCACGAGUACGUACGUUGAUAACGCAAAAAGUUGCCCCGUUACAACAUCAUCGUCCGUUUUCUAUGCAACGAGAUGCUCAGAGUAGUGAAUCGUCCGAUGAUGAUUCCAGCAAAGCAGUUAUAAUGCAGCCGGAACGAUUGGACAAAGGAUCUUUGGCGCAAGGACCGGCCAGUUCUGUAAUACUACCAAAAAGAGCCACUGGAGAUAGUGGUAUAGAUGGCGAUGCAUUGAAUAAAUUAAGGUCCAAGGUAACAGCUCACCCAACAAUACCUGAUUGCAAUGAAACAGACGAACUCGAACUUAGCGGCAGCAUGAUGCGAGCCCAAUCACUCCGUGAUCUCACUUCAAAAUUCGAAAAAAUGGGUAAUCCGGGACCGCUUCUUCGUACUGGUGAGAAACGUUACUCAAUGAUGGAGAAUGUUACCGGUACACAUGGUAUGACAUCCACUUCUGAUGGCUCAAUUUCCAGUGUCCGAGAAAAUAGUCAGCCUGCUGUAAGCCGCGAUUCACUGUUGGAUUUGUAUCGACGUCUGGAAAGCUGUAUUUGUGAUUUACGUAACGAACGCAUUAGUCGAGUUAAAGGACAGCACUCCAAUUAUGCCGAUGGCCAACAUGCAUUACUGAUCCGAUUAAGUGAUUUGAUGCAACAAUUUCAUCACUUGUGCGCCAUUUAUGCCGAAAAUAUUUCACCACAUUCAAAAUUUCGUUAUCGUGAAUUGCUAAAUCGUAUGGAUGUAUUUAUCCGUCAGCUACGGCAAUGUGCUUCUUCAUCUUCUUCUAAUGAAGUUAUGCAAGCUGAACAGCACAUUAUACCUCAAUUUGAGCAAACAAUUCGUCAAAUUAUGCACUUAGUGCAAAGAUCUCUUCAAGAGCCUUUAACUUAG